GGGGGAAGAGGCCAAGCUGCCAACAUUUGACACUCACAAGCGACUCGAAGGGCAGCAUUUCCCGAAACUCCUCCAAUCUCUGAAGGGUUACCUUGCCCAGCAGCUUGAUUAAAAAUUGGUUAAAAAAAGUUAGUUCUUUUAAAAAAUAGUUAUAAAUUAUUUUAAAAAAGUUAUAAAUUCAACAGCUUUUAUUGAAUUAGAUGAAUUAGCAAAAGAUUCGAGGCGCCUAACGGACGCGCCGUAACAGUGUUGCGGAACCGGCGGCGCCAAAACCGCGCUGAAAGGUACGGAUUACUUUGGCGGAGGGAAUGGGUUGAGUAAGAAUGGGUGGAGUAAGACGGGCUAAUGUCAAAUAUAAGAGCGUGCCCUCACAACUUAGACUCAGAUACCGUGCAGAGCUCCAUCUACACACGCGAAGCCCUCCCUCCCGGGUUAUGCUGGAAGUUUAAUUGCAUUCACUUUGUCAACAUGGUGACUAAAUCUUUGCUGUUAUUGGCUGCUCUUUGGACUUCGAUAGUAAAUGCAGAUUCCAUGGAGGAAACGAUUAAGAGGAAUCCACCCAGAAAUAUUUCGAUUACCCACAGAAGUCUUGGAGAGUACACCUUUUCAUGGGAAGGAAACUGCACGUGUACAGGGAACAUCAAAUACCAACUAGAUUACACCUACCUCGAUUCAAAAGACAGCAAGAUGGAAACAUACUUUGUGCAAAAACAUCACAAGGAGCUGGAUUUGGAAUUACACCGAGGACUACAUGCUCGAGUGAGGCUUAAAAAUAGAGAAAUAACUAGCAAUUGGACUGAGAGAACCUUUAAUCUGCCAGGUGAAUCAUUCGCUUCAGUUGGCAACUUGACUUGCAUUUUCUAUGGUGAGCUGUACAUGAACUGCAGUUGGGAUAUUACUGAAGAUGCAUCGGAGGAUGCACAAUUCCUUUUGUCCUACAGGGAGCGAAACCCAUCCGAUGUGUACAACUGCGCAGAUUACCUGGUGGAUGGAGGGAGGAACAUUGGCUGUGUCAACGAAAAUAUUCGCAUUGAAGAUACCAUCAAGAUUAUCAUCUGUAUCAGUGAAGUGAACAAGGAAGCCAAAUUGCCGUAUUGCAGAAUAGUGAACCCAUUCAAUUCCUAUAAACUCGACAGUCCAAUAAAUGUCAUGAUCAACAAAAGCACGGAUGAGGUCAAAUGGACACUUCCAACAUUUGAUUUCAAUACCAUUUGUUACACGUUUCAAUUAAACUGCACAAAUUUGAAUGAUGGAAACACAAAGCUUGAAAAUGUGACUUCCACAAAUCAUAUAAUCAGCAGGGAUCACACAAAAAAAUAUUCAGUGCACGUGAGAGCAGCGUUGAAUGAUAGAUGUUUUGAAAGCAAUUUCUGGAGUGACUGGAGCAAACCGCUUAUUAUUGAUGCUGAUGGAAAGGAUAUGUCUUUCCCAACAAUUGUGGCAGUGGUUGCAGUGAUUCUCGUCGCACUCUUGUUGCUCCUAGUUUUGGUCUGCAUAAAAAAUAGAUUAACAAGAGUAUCCAGCUGACGAAUAAAGCGGAAGACAGCUCAUUGACCACUGCAAAAUAAUUCCAAGAGCCUUAAAAGAGACGUUGACACAUUCCCUUCUGGUUUCAUCAUGGCAAUCCGCUGGUCUUCAGGAAGAAGAGGGAGUUCUAUUUAAAUGGAGAAUGCAACCGAAAAUGAUUGUAGUUCAUGAAACCUUUCUUUAUGCCAGUGGGUGUGUGUAGUAAUGGCCCCACACUGGACUUUCCAAUGAGCACAGGACUUUGGAUGAAGUUCGCUAAAGUAUUAACAAGUAGAGAGGAGAGAGACACGGUUGGAUUCUUCUUUCCAUGAAACUGUUUACAAGGAUUUUCAAUUCAAGAGUUAAGAGCAUUUUAUUGUCAUAUGUCCCAGAUAGGACAAUGAAAUUCUUACUUGCAGCAGCACGACAGAAUAUAUAGACAUUGUACACUGUAAUCAAUUUAAAUAAAUGAGAAAAAAAAAGUUCAGUGUGUGUACUCACACACGUACACAUACACAACAAACAGUCACACACACACACAAUGGACAGACGCCCAGAACAAUUUUCCCAGGGUUGAACGAAGAAGGUCAAAGACUGGAGGGCAUAGC